UCACUGCUGUUUUGCUGCAGUAGAUGUGUUUGUGAAGAUGUCACUUCUGCGUUUUGCUUUUUGAUUUUACCGAUUCUUGCAAAAUAAAAAUUUAAUUUUCUAUUAUUUUGUACAUUUUUCGUCUGUCGAUCAAUUUCAAAUUUCGCCAAAUCAAAAUCCAACCAGAACCUACGACGAAUCGGAAUCAGUUCAAAUUGAUCGGCAAAUCAAAGUUGACGUAGCCCAACGAAACCACCUAGACGUUCAAUAGUCUGAAUUCUAAUUUUUUUUUUAUUUUCUCAAGAGUUUAAAAUUGAGUGGAAAAUCAUCUUUUACAAAUCAAGUUUAAAAGUAAAGAAACACAAUGGCAGGUGCAAAUCCAUACGCUCACUUCCAGAAGACAUUCAACUAUGAAGGAACAGACUACAAGUAUUUUGACCUGGCUUCCCUUGACCCAAAAUUUGAUCAAUUGCCCUACUCUGUUCGUGUUCUAUUGGAAUCUGCUGUUCGUAACUGUGAUAACUUUCAUAUCUUGGAAAAGGAUGUUCAAAGUAUUUUGGGAUGGUCUCCAAGUGCCAAACAAGGAGAAAAUGAUGUCGAAGUAUCAUUUAAGCCAGCCAGAGUUAUCUUACAAGAUUUCACUGGUGUACCAGCAGUUGUCGACUUUGCUGCUAUGCGUGACGCCGUACUAAGUUUGAAGGGAAAUCCAGAAAAAAUUAAUCCCAUCUGUCCAGCUGAUCUUGUUAUCGAUCAUUCUGUUCAAGUUGAUUUUGCAAGAACAACUGAUGCUUUGAGCAAGAAUCAAAAUCUUGAAUUUGAACGCAACAAGGAAAGAUUUACAUUUUUGAAGUGGGGAGCUCGUGCAUUCAACAAUAUGUUAAUUGUUCCACCUGGUUCUGGUAUUGUACAUCAAGUCAAUUUGGAAUACUUGGCACGUGUUGUUUUCGAAGAUGAUAUAGAAGGCGGAAAGAUUCUCUAUCCCGAUAGUGUUGUUGGAACUGAUUCACACACCACCAUGAUAAAUGGUCUUGGAGUACUUGGUUGGGGUGUUGGAGGAAUUGAAGCUGAAGCUGUUAUGUUGGGUCAAUCGAUUUCCAUGUUGUUGCCAGAAGUUAUUGGUUACAAAUUGGUUGGAAAAUUGAAUCCACUUGUAACAUCAACUGAUUUGGUGCUGACAAUUACCAAAAAUCUCCGACAAUUAGGUGUUGUUGGUAAAUUUGUAGAAUUCUAUGGUCCAGGUGUAUCUGAGUUGAGUAUAGCUGAUCGUGCCACAAUCAGUAAUAUGUGUCCUGAAUACGGUGCUACUGUUGGUUAUUUCCCAAUUGAUUUGAAUACUUUGGCUUAUAUGAGACAAACAAAUCGAGCUGAAAAGAAAAUUCAAAUUAUUCAGCAAUAUUUGGAGAAAUCCCAUCAAUUGCGAGACUUUUCCAAUGAGUCUCAGGAUCCAAUUUAUACAGAGACCAUCACCCUCGAUCUUGGAAAUGUGGUCACAUCUGUGUCAGGUCCAAAACGUCCUCACGAUCGAGUCUCUGUUACUGACAUGAAGGCAGAUUUUCAAUCCUGUUUGACCAGCAAGGUCGGCUUCAAAGGAUUCGAAAUUGCACCAGAUACACUUUCCACUUCUGGCACAUUCCAAUGGGACGAUGGCAAAACCUACAAGAUCACCCAUGGAUCUGUGGUCAUAGCAGCCAUCACCUCGUGUACAAACACAAGCAAUCCUUCGGUGAUGCUAGGUGCUGGUAUGCUAGCAAAGAAUGCCAUUGAAAAGGGUCUUUCCAUUGCUCCAUACAUCAAGACAUCACUGUCACCGGGAUCUGGAGUUGUCACUUACUAUUUGAGAGAAUCAGGAGUGAUUCCAUAUUUGGAACAGUUGGGUUUCGAUGUUGUCGGCUAUGGUUGUAUGACUUGUAUUGGUAAUUCUGGGCCAUUGGAUGAUAAUGUUGUCAACACAAUCGAAAAGAACGGUUUGGUGUGUUGUGGUGUUCUGUCAGGUAACAGAAACUUUGAGGGACGUAUUCACCCAAACACCAGAGCCAACUAUUUGGCAAGUCCAUUGUUGGUUAUUGCAUAUGCAAUUGCUGGACGUGUUGAUAUUGACUUUGAAACUGAGCCAAUCGGAGUGAAUGCUAAGGGAGAGAAAGUAUUCCUUCGUGAAAUUUGGCCAACAAGAAAUGAAAUUCAAAAGGUCGAGAAUACACAUGUUAUUCCAGCUAUGUUCCAAGAAGUUUACAGUAAGAUCGAAAUGGGUUCUGAAGAUUGGCAGAAAUUAGAAGUAUCCGAUGGUCAGCUGUAUCCUUGGAGUGGAGAAUCAACAUACAUUAAGAGACCACCAUUCUUUGAUGGAAUGACACGUCAAUUGCCAGAAAUUAAAUCCUUGAAGAAUGCUCGUUGUUUGUUGUUUUUGGGAGAUUCUGUUACUACUGAUCACAUAUCUCCAGCUGGUUCGAUUGCUAGAAACAGUCCUGCUGCUAGAUAUCUAUCUGAACGUGGUCUGACUCCAAGAGACUUUAAUUCAUAUGGAUCACGACGUGGAAACGAUGCUAUAAUGGCACGAGGAACAUUUGCAAACAUUCGAUUGGUUAACAAAUUGGUUACCAAGACUGGUCCCAGAACAUUACACAUCCCCAGUCACGAAGAAAUGGAUGUUUUUGAUUGUGCUGAAAGGUACAAAGAAGAAGGUACUUCAUUGAUUGCAGUUGUUGGAAAGGAAUACGGCAGUGGGUCGAGUAGGGAUUGGGCUGCAAAGGGUCCUUUCCUUUUGGGUAUUAAAGCUGUUAUUGCUGAAUCAUUCGAACGUAUUCAUCGAUCAAAUUUGGUUGGUAUGGGAAUUAUUCCAUUGCAAUUCUUACCUGGACAAAGUGCAGAAAGCUUGAACUUGAAUGGACGAGAGGUGUAUAAUAUUAGUCUGCCAGAGAACAUCAAGCCCUUGCAGAAAAUCGAAGUUGAGGCCGAUGGAAGAAUAUUCGAAGCUAUUGUUCGCUUUGACACAGAGGUUGACAUUACCUAUUUCAAAAACGGUGGCAUCCUCAACUAUAUGAUUAGGAAAAUGUUGGAUUAAGUGCCGACCUCGGCACAAAUGUGUGUGUUGAAACAGAGCAUUUUUUGUAUUAAAGUUAAAAAAAUAAAAUGGUAUGGGUAUUGUUAUAAACAAAAAAAAAAUCAAAAGAAGAAUAAAAUAUUUUCAUGUAAUUAUAUAUUUUUUUUUUAUUUUAUAAUAAAGAACAUUUAAGUGGUAA